AUGGACACCAGACCCAACGACGACAGUCCAAUUGUAGACUGGCUCCAGUUUCUCGGAUUGGUCAUACCCUCCCAAGUUACUCGGAGUUGGUUGUACUUUACAACGAGUGCAUCAACCACGUUCUUGGUGUUGCUACCGUUGGCGAUCCUUCAAUACAACCACUACUACAACACGCUUAUUCCCAACUCAUCCUCGCCGGUGAUUCCAUUAAACUUCACAACGAAUAGAACCAACUAUCUCAGUAACUAUAUCGUGCCCCGAUUCCCCGAUUUCGAAUUUGAUUCUGAAUUAACCUACAUUUUCAACAUUGAUUUGGAAUUGCUCUGUCCCGAUCAUAAUCCCGAGAACACCCUCCAUAAAAUAUAUUACCAAUUGAAUGAUAACGCCGGCGUAUUUCAUCAGGGUAGCUUCAUAUUGGAUUGCAACCCCCAGCUAAUUUAUUCCGUUCAUAACAUUUACGUACCCUACGCUUUGCAAUCGUGGGUGUCUCCCAUUUUCCUGUCCCAGGCGCGAAAUCAUCCUGUGACAUUGCAGACUUAUGAACUACGAGGAAGAGAACUUGCGCUGAUUCCUCAAUUCACGAUGAAACUCGAUAACAACAGGCAGUACCUCAUUGAUGAUAAUGAAUCACAGCUUAGAUUCGAUGUCAAGUGGACUGGGUUCAGGUAUUACUUGGUCAAGUAUUACUAUAGCUGUUUUGCUGUGGGAACAUUUAUUUUCUUUAGUAUAAGUUCGGGAGUUUCGGUCUUGGUUAGUUAUGCAUUGUUGUUAUACAACGCUAAGCAGAGUUAG